AUGGAAAGGUUGUUGGACGCCCCUCAAUGUCUUCAAUGGGUUGGAAUUGAAGAUUCUAGAAAUGCUGGAACAAAGAGCACUGAAAUGAGCCAGACAGAGAUAUCAGAAAUGAAGCAGAAGCAACCGCCUGUUCCACUCGGGACUCUAAUUGGUCGUGAGCUGAGGAACCUUAAGGUUGAGAAGCCCACAGUGAAGUAUGGGCAGGCUGCUCUGGCUAAGAAAGGGGAGGAUUAUUUCCUGAUCAAGCCUGACUGCCAAAGGGUUCCUGGAAAUCCUUCAACCUCGUUUUCACUUUUUGCGAUUUUUGAUGGCCAUAAUGGUAUCACGGCUGCUAUUUUUGCCAAGGAGAAUUUAUUGAACAAUGUAUUGAGUGCGAUUCCGCAAGGGGUUGGUAGGGAAGAGUGGCUUCAAGCUUUGCCUCGGGCAUUAGUUGCAGGGUUUGUGAAAACUGAUAUAGAGUUUCAGCGCAGAGGUGAGACUUCUGGAACAACAGUUACGUUUGUCGUGAUUGAUGGUUGGACUGUGACCGUUGCAUCUGUUGGAGAUUCUCGUUGCAUAUUGGACACACAAGGGGGUGUUGUUUCUCUCUUAACCGUUGACCAUCGUCUGGAAGAGAAUGUGGAAGAACGUGAGCGUGUAACUGCAAGCGGUGGCGAAGUAGGGAGGCUUAAUGUUUUUGGAGGGAAUGAGGUUGGUCCAUUACGUUGCUGGCCUGGUGGAUUGUGCCUUUCAAGAUCAAUUGGCGACACGGAUGUUGGGGAGUUCAUCGUCCCAAUACCACACGUUAAACAAGUGAAGCUUUCGAAUGCUGGGGGAAGACUUAUAAUUGCCUCUGAUGGUAUAUGGGAUGCUUUAUCAUCUGAUAUGGCUGCCCAAUGUUGCCGAGGUUUGCCUUCUGAACUUGCUGCCAAAUUGGUUGUUAAGGGGGCUCUUAGGUCACGAGGUUUGAAGGAUGACACAACCUGCUUGGUUGUAGAUAUUAUUCCUUAUGACCAUCUUGUCAUGCCACCAACACCUAAGAAGAAACAUAAUUCAUUUACUUACCGUAUAUUUGGGAAACGAUCACAAAAUUCUACUAAAGGAACUAAUAAGCUAUCUGCAGUUGGAGUUGUGGAGGAAUUGUUUGAAGAGGGUUCUGCAAUGCUUUCAGAGAGACUGGGUAAGGAUUUCCCUCUGGACUCGAAUUCUGGGCUCUUUAGAUGUGCUAUUUGCCAAGUGGAUCAGCCCCCUAGUGAGGGCUUAUCUGUAAACUCGGGCCCAUUUACCUCACCUGCAUCAAAGCCAUGGGAAGGUCCUUUCCUCUGUGCAAGCUGUCGUAGGAAGAAAGAUGCAAUGGAAGGGAAAAUGGCAAAUAGACCUGCAGUAAUUGCAUAA